AUGGCUCGCCAAACCCACAAAUUACCAUUGCGUAAACUCUCGACCAUUGGCAACGACCAUCUCGCAUACUACCACAGGGCUGCUCAUCCCAACAAUGCCCAUCUACCACAAAUAUUACUCGUAUCUGGAUACAACUCGACGAUUGAAACUGGUCUCAAAUCAAAUAAUCUAGCACAGCUAUGUGAAAAACACGGUCUGGCUUAUAUGGUAUACGACCACUUUGGACACGGAAGCUCCUCAGGAAAACUCAUUGAUGGCACGGUAACGCGAUGGAAGAAUGAUCUAUUAAGAGUCCUGGAUUCAGUGUAUUGUAAGGGAAAACCACAACUGUUGGUCGGGUCGUCCCUAGGUUGCUGGAUAAGUCUGCUAGCUGCCAAGGAACGCCCUGAUCAAAUAGUUGGACUAGUCGGCGUCGGUGGGGCUGCAAACUUUACAGAGUCAGUGUAUAAGAAGAUUCCAUCCGAUUUAAUCGAGAACGCACGCCGUGGCGAUGGUGUUAUAUGGCUGCCUUCAAAAUAUGAUCCUAAAGGCUAUCCGUAUUCGCUCAAACUACUAGAAGAUGGGCAUGAGAAUCUGGUGACAAAACCCUGGCCAGUCAAGGUACCAGUCACCCUGAUACAUGGAGUGAUGGACGACGCCAUCCCAUAUCAGACCAGUAUAAACGUAGCAGGAGAUAUAGAGAGCGAGGAUGUAAAGGUCGUACUGGUGAAGGAUGGAUUACAUGAAAUGAGUCGGCCAAAGGACUUGCAGUUGUUGGGAGAAACGGUGUUGGAAAUGUUGGCCAAGAUUAGUCCAUUUGCAAAACUAUAG